AUGUUUGUUCUCAUCUGGUCGGCUCUGUUUGUCUCUGUAAAAGGCAGCAUUGCUGACACAGAUGCCUCAGCCUGGGGACAACAACACUGUGACAGAGGAUACUGUGUUACUCUGAGUGAGCGAGAACUAACAGCAGAGGCUGGACUCUGUGUUGUGAUCCCGUGUUCUUUCACUACUGCUGCUAACUUUACACCCAACCAUAUAGUUUGGUACAAAUGUGUAGCAUCUCAAAAAUUUUGCAGUGAUGCUGACAUAAUAUUUCACAGCAACAAAACCACAGACAACAAAGGUCAGGCUGCGUUUGAAGGACGAGUGUCACGUUUGGAACCUGAUGUGAGUCAGAACAACUGCAGCAUCAUCAUUAAUGAUCUGAAAGAGUCUGAUUCAGGAUCAUAUCAGCUCAGAGUUACUGGAGAACUGAAUAAACAACCAAAUGGAUUCACAUUCAUUCCAAGAGUAACUGUUUCUUUUGAAGGUCUUAAUCAGAAGCCCACAGUAAUGAUUCCCACACUGACAGAGGGACAGCAGGCCACACUGACCUGCACUGCUCCUGGUCUCUGCUCUGGAUCUGUUCCUGAAAUCACCUGGACAUGGAGAGGAGCAGGAGGGACUGAAUCUUACAUUACAAGAAACAGCACUGAUUUCAAGACUGAGAAUCUGACUGAUUUCACACAGAGACACAUCUCAACUUUGACCUUUAACGCUUCAUCUGAACACCACAACACCAGUAUCACUUGCAAGAUUAACUUCAAAGGUAGAAAAACUACAGAGGAGACUUUGACUGUAAAUGUGAUCCAUAAGAAAGAAAUUAUAAUCAUUGGGAAUACAACUUUUGAGGAGGGAGAUGUUCUGAAUCUGACCUGCAGUGUUGAAAGUUUCCCUCCAUCUCUGAUUGUGUGGUCUAAACUUGGUUCUGACACAAACCUGCACAAUGACACUGGAUCAGCGACACUUGUCAUCCCUAAUGCAACAGCAGAACAUUCUGGACAGUACAUCUGUGCAGUUACAUAUACGAACAAUACCCUGAAGAAGGAUGUCAAUAUCACAGUGAUAUAUAACAGGGCUGCUCAGAUCAUUGGGAAUACAACUGUGAAGGAGGGAGAUGUUCUGAAUCUGACCUGCAGUGUUGAAAGUUUCCCUCCAUCUCUGAUUGUGUGGUCUAAACUUGGUUCUGACACAAACCUGCACAAUGACAAUGGAUCAGCGACACUUGUCAUCCCUAUUGCAACAGCAGAACAUUCUGGACAGUACAUCUGUGCAGUUACAUAUAUGAACAAUACCCUGAAGAAGAAUAUCAGUGUCACAGUGAUAUGUCUUAAUCAGAAGCCCACAGUAAUGAUUCCCACACUGACAGAGGGACAGCAGGCCACACUGACCUGCACUGCUCCUGGUCUCUGCUCUGGAUCUGUUCCUGAAAUCACCUGGACAUGGAGAGGAGCAGGAGGGACUGAAUCUUACAUUACAGGAAACAGCACUGAUUUCAAGACUGAGAAUCUGACGGCUUUCACACAGAGACACAUCUCAACUUUAACCUUCAAUCCUUCAGCUGAGCAUCAUGACACUAGUGUCACCUGCAACAUCCACACAGGGGGAAAAAGUACAGAGAAGACUUUGACUGUAAAUGUGAACCGUGAGUACUUUGUAUAUAAUAGUCAAGCAUUACAAGACAAUCAGACUCUAAGCUCAAACAGUGAGCCAAAGGAAGUGGAGUAUGCCAAUAUAGAUUUUUCUCUGUUGAAAAGAAACAGUGGCAGGGAGGCAGCAAGGAAGCAAGAGAGCACAAAGACAGACUAUGCUGAAAUUAAGAAAGCGGUCAAAGAACAAUGGGGAGAUGAUGCUGGGGAGGAAGGAGAUAUAUUGGAGGGCCAAGAGAAGAAUGUGAUAAUGGAGUUGAAACACUGUGAACCAGAAAGGGUAGAAGGGCGAGAUGAGGCAGUGAGUGAAGUGUGA